AUGGCACGCGACCACUCCGAUAGCAUGAGUCCAGGCCGCGCAAAACACCUCGAGCGAAACCGCAUCGCCGCAAACAAAUGCCGACAAAAGAAGAAGAAGGAACACCAGAAAAUCCAAAGCUCUCUCCAUGACGAGACCGCCCGACAUGACUCUCUCAUGGCUGAAUUGAACAGCCUCCGCGAGGAGAUCUGGAAUCUGAAGAAUACAGUUUUCGCACACGCCAGCUGCAACGACUGGCACAUCAAUCGGAAAUUAGCCAAUAUGAGCGAAAAUCUCACCGGCGCUAGCCCGGAGCAGUUGCACGCUCAACUGCCCUCCCCAUCAUAUUCGUCCCAGAGCUGUUCGGAUGCAUCCGCGGUGGAUACUGGGGCUAUUGAACCGAAGGUCCUUGCGUCUUCGUCUUUCUCUUCGGAUGGCUCGGAAACUUUACCAUUGAUGGACCCGGCGCUUUUUGAUGGGAGUUAUAAUGGGGUCGGGACUCCGGAAUUCGGAUUUGACCGGCUCAUUGAUAUGGAGAAUCUUUAG